AUGGAUGUCUUUCCCUCCACCACGCCGGACGAAGCCGUGCGCAGGUCCGCCAAACGAACCGCUGAACUUUUCGGACCGGAAUAUUUGAUGAUUACACCCAGCGUCGCCGAUGGGUCAAUUGGUCUUUCCUACAGACGGAAAGCGGAAUACUCAGACGUGAAGGAACUGCCACCUGCACUGGCCGCGAAGCAGGCUAAAGCCGUUGCCGGCCGCGCAAAGCGCCCGAAGAUCCAGGCGCAAACACAACCUCAAGCGGACCAGAGCGGCGCGUCGAUGUCGCUUGUGAAGAGACCUGCUGGCCCGGCCGCAGGUGGAGUGGGCGGAGAGGACCAGCCGAAGAGCUUGAUCCAGAGGCCUUCGGCGACACGGCAGCAGAGACCCGAUUGGCACCCGCCAUGGAAGCUGAUGAGAGUGAUUUCGGGACAUCUGGGCUGGGUACGGAGUUUGGCCGUGGAACCGAACAACGAAUGGUUCGCCAGUGGUGCUGGCGAUCGGACGAUCAAGAUCUGGAAUCUUGCGACGGGCGCGCUGCGGUUGACACUCACAGGCCAUAUUUCGACUGUUCGCGGGUUGGCUGUGUCCCCUCGACAUCCAUAUCUCUUCUCAUGCGGUGAAGAUAAGAUGGUGAAGUGCUGGGAUUUAGAAACAAACAAGGUCAUCCGUCACUACCACGGCCAUCUGAGCGGAGUCUAUACCCUCGCCUUGCAUCCGCGCCUCGACCUCCUAGUGACCGGUGGUCGUGACGGUGUCGCCCGAGUCUGGGACAUGCGGACGCGAAGCAACGUCCACGUUCUGUCAGGCCACAAGGGCACCGUCGCCGACGUGAAGUGCCAGGAAGCCGACCCGCAGAUCAUCACAGGCUCCCUCGACUCCACCGUUCGUCUCUGGGAUCUGGCGGCCGGCAAGUCGAUGGGCGUCCUGACACAUCACAAGAAGGGCGUCCGCAACCUCGCCAUCCACCCUCGCGAGUUCACCUUCGCCAGUGCCAGCACGGGAAGCAUUAAGCAGUGGAAGUGCCCCGAGGGUGAUUUCAUGCAGAACUUCGAGGGCCACAACGCUGUCAUCAACUCCAUCGCUGUGAACGAGGACAACGUCCUCUUCUCCGGCGGCGACAACGGCUCCAUGUGCUUCUGGGAUUGGAAGACAGGCCACAAGUUUCAGUCCAUCGACACCAUGGCUCAGCCCGGCUCGCUGGAAGCCGAGGCGGGUGUCAUGGCCUCCACGUUCGACCGUACCGGCUUGCGUCUUAUCACCGGAGAGGCCGACAAGACCAUCAAGGUCUGGAAGCCAGACGACGAGGCCACGCCCGAAUCUCAUCCGGUCACUUGGGCACCGAUGCUGGGCAGACAGAGAUAUUAG